AUGGCUAUCCCAACAUCAUCAUCACCUCAGCAUCCCCUCCUCCUCCUCCUCUUCUUCUUCGCCGCCUCAGCAACCCCCCUAACCCUCCCAAACUCCACAGGCAAACUCCCCGCCCUAGGCUGGAACUCCUGGAACGCAUUCCGCUGCAACAUCAACGCGACAGUCUUUCUCGACGCCGCGCGCGGCCUCGUCGACCUCGGGCUUAGAGACGCUGGGUACCGCUACGUCAAUGUCGAUGACUGCUGGGCGCGCGCGGAGCGAGAUCCAGUCUCGCAUGAGCUUGUGCCGGAUUCGGAGAGGUUCCCGGAGGGGAUGAAGAUGCUUGCUGAUGAGGUUCAUGGGUUGGGGUUGAAGUUUGGGGUGUAUAGUUCGGCGGGGGAGAAGACUUGUGCUGGGUUUGCGGCGAGUUUGGGGUGGGAGGAUGUGGAUGCUAGGACGUGGGCGGGGUGGGGAGUUGAUUAUCUCAAGUAUGAUGGCUGCGGUGUGCCCGAUGACUGGAAAGACGAAUGCGAUGUCUGCACCCUCGACGGCAAAGACGAAGGGCCGGACCCAAAGUAUAAAAACGAUACGUGCAUCGACCAAACCAAUCUCUGCCCACCAGGCUACGACUUCUCCCAAUCCAAAACUGCACUCCGAUACAGAAGAAUGCGCGACGCGCUGCUAAAGCAAAAUAGGCCGAUCCAAUACGAUAUCUGCGUCGGCGGCGAAGCAGCCGUAUCAACAUGGGGCAACGAAACGGGGAAUUCAUGGAGGAUAACCACAGACAUCUUGCCUGAAUGGAGUUCCAUCCUCAUGAUUCUAAACCGCGUCUCCUUCCUCUCGCACUCGUCAAACUACUGGGGUCACAACAACGCCGACAUGCUCGAACUCGGGAACCCGCCCCUCACACUCGCCGAAUCCCGCACGCACUUUGCUUUCUGGGCCGCUGUGAAGUCCCCGCUCUUCAUAGGUACUCCGCUCUCCUCUCUGUCGUCGCUGCAUCUCGAUAUCUUGCUGAAUAAGCACCUGUUGGCGUUCCAUCAGGACGAGGUGUAUGGUGGACCUGCGGAGCCGUAUAAGUGGGGGACCAACCCGGAUUGGAGUUUCAAUGUUAGCUGGCCUGCGGAGUUUUGGGCGGGGAGGGGGAGCGAGGGGGUUCUUGUUUUGAUGGGGAAUUGGGGCGAUGGAGGGGUGGAGAAGAGGGCUGUUUGGGGGGAGAUUCCCGGGUUGAUGGAGGGUGCGUCUUAUAGGGUUGUUGAGGGUUGGAGUGGGGAGGAUAAAGGCUGUUUUACGGGAUCCUAUACCGCUAUGGUGGAGAGCCACGAUACGGCUGUGUUGGUGGUGAAACCCGAUGGUGAAUGCGCCUUGCGAGAUGGAAACGAGAUGGCCGCUAAAGCGCUUCAUAGCCACCAGCUGCUAAUCGCCUGAGCAAAGAUUUCUCAGUGUAUGCCGAAUGGAGUGUUUGCAAUCUAUUCUUCAUGUAAGGAAUGAUAAUAUUGAAACGCAUCACGAGGAUUUCAACCACUCUACAAAAAAAGGUUUGCCUAUGUGGUCUUCGACUUUAGGACGCAGCGAGUAAUGGUUUUUCGCGAAUUCAAGCUUUCCCUUUAUCGCUCUUCACCAGAUCGUCCUACUUCGUUUUCUUAGCUGGAUUCUUGAUCGCCGAAAUGCUGGAUGACAAGCAGACCUCGGAUGUAAUCAUAAACCUACUUCGAUUUAAUAAAAAUCGUUACAAACUUUUAUCUCAUCACAUGUCUCCGCCAUCCCCCUUUCCCCUCCAAAACCCCCCUGGAACACUCUCUGGAAAGCUGACCAUGAGUUUCCUAGAAAAGGAAAGCUAGAUGCUCGGAUACUAAACUGUGUUUCUGCGCCGCUUCGGUCCGCGGAACCUGCUACACGCUACACCUGUACCUAACUCCUACAGUCCGAUACAGUACAGUACGGAUUCCUCUCGCUCUGCAGUAGCAUUCUGUAGCGCGCUGUUUGAAGCCUCAAAUCCCACGAGUUUAAAAAAAAAAACAGCACACUAUUAAACGUGCAACUAGAACGCAAGGGGAAGAUUGCGCGAUGCGGCUAUCUCGUUCGUCGAUUCUCGAACUCUUUUUUUUUCAGCCUGUCCAUCACUACGCACAUAACGGCUCUUUAGUUGCUUUUCUCGCUUUUCCCCUUGAUAACAAAAGAAAGAAAAAAUGAUUCCGGGGGAAAUAAGACAGUUAAGUUUUAUGUACUCUUGUCUGCUAGCUACCCCAGAGUUCAACCCCGCACGUAUUGUACGUGUUCCCGCUUUUUUCUUCUACCUCGGCACAAAGUCCCCCCCACGGGUCUUCUUCAGUGAUUUGCGGGGAAGUGCGCUGGAAGGAUUCGAUAACCCUCAAGCUUGAUACGUGCGUUGCGUGCGACUCUUGUCCCAAUUGUGACACUGCGAUUGGUCGUGGUCUUUGAAAUGCCAUGUAUGUGGGGGGGUGCACGGAUAUGCGUCGUGGCAGUC